AUGUCGCACGAACGCCACCACACCUCCCGCACGGGCGAUGCGCUUGUCGCGCACCGUCCGCAUGGCCCCGCGUCGUCAGUGGCGGCACCGGUGGAGCGGCGGAUGAAGGUCGAUCCGUGCACCAAUGCGAGGUCAAUGUACCAGCGCGGCCCCGAUGGCAGCGAGAUGUACGCAUCCUACUACAACUCCAACGACGACCCGACCUUCCAGAAGCGCUUUAACUCGCACAAGAACGGUGGCGCCUUUGUGCAGAGCGCGCAGUUCACAUUCAUGUCGCACGGCGGUGUCGGUGAUGGCAGUCAGUUCCCUGGCUACAGGCAGCGCCAUCACGGCGCCAGGCAGGAGCACCCGCGUCAUCCAGUCAUGGUUGAGGAGUCGAUGGACGAGGACAUGCACGAGGUGCGCUCAGACACCGGUGACGACACCGACGUGCACGCCAAACACAGGGCAAAGGUGAAGAGCCAAUCGACGAAAGGGGAUCCCAUCGUUGAAGAGCCUGAUGAUGAUGGCAAGGGCUACCAUGACUCUGGUUCGCGAACCCAUCGUCACGGCGGCAAGAAGGGCGAGCGCGGUUCGCAUCGAGACACCACCCAUGACGCAUAUCCCACCAACACCUCGACGUUCCUGAUGGAUCCGUGGGGCGUGGAGUCGAUCAUGGAGCGCAUGAUGCAGCCACCGCUGGGAUUCGGCGACCCGUUCAUCUACGCCCCUCAGCGUGCGCAUGCUCAGAGUGGACGGAGACCGCCGUCGGCCUCGUACGGAUCGAAGCGGCAGCAGCUCAUUCCUUACACCCGCGGCGGAGUGAUGGGCGGCCCGUUCACCGAUGAUUUCUUUGGCAUCGGCAGCCCCGAGAACCCAUUUUGCAUGAUGGAAGCAAUGCGCCACCACAUGCAGCAGCAGCGUGCCGCCAUGUUCGGCGGUACCGACCCCUUUGCGAGGGUUUUUCCGAGGUGA